AUGCAGCUACGUCUGAUCACACGUCGCAUAUACGCGUCAAUGCGGUCAAAGUUGACGCCAUUGUCGAUAAUUGAGCAAUUACAUCCUGCUUUAAAGUCGAAAGAAGCUUUGUACAGCAAUGAAAUAGCUUGGAUCGGAGUUGUGACCACUGCAGCUUUGGGAGUCGCGAUACUGACGUCUUCAAGUAACAACGUCGAAUGUGGAUCAACUAUUGACGAUUUCACGACAAGAAACUCAAAGAUGGAGCAAAGAGGACACUAUGCACUAUUAAAAGAGCUCGGUCGAGGAGGGUUUUCCAUUGUUCGUCUUGCAAUUGAUUUGAAUACGCAAGAGAUGCUUGCUGCAAAAAUAUUCGAUCCAAAAACCUCUUCGCUCGAGACAAUUCAUGCAGAGAUUGACAUUUUAAAGUAUCUUGGUGUUCACCGAAACAUUGUGUCACUGCACGAUGUGCUGUAUCUAAAGACCGAGACGAUAAUGUUGACAGACUUGGUCGAAGGGGGCGAACUUUUCGACUAUAUUGUCGAUCUGGGAUCUGUAUCGGAAAAAGAUGCCGCUCAUUUGCUUCAUGAUGUCUGUCAAGCUCUUGACUAUAUGCAUUCGCGUGGUGUAUGCCACCGCGAUCUAAAACCGGAGAAUAUCUUGCUGUCAGAUCGGUCCGCCAGUGCAAACAUCAAAAUAGCGGACUUUGGGCUCAGUCGUAGACAACGACAGGGAGAGCAGACGAUCGAGAAAUUUCCAAACGGGACUGUCGCGUACUGGGCUCCUGAAAUUAUCAGGCGCCAACCUCAGGAUUUCGGUGUUGACAUGUGGGCAUUCGGGGUACUGGCCUACAUCACACUCACAGGAGUACACCCUUUCGACCCAAGAGGUGACAAGUCGGAUGCUGAAAUUGUGAGAGAGAUUGCAAAAGGAAAAUACGACGUGGAGAACGAAUGGUACAAGGGCCUUUCAAUGGAGGCAAAGGAUUUCCUGACACGGCUUUUAGACUUGGACCCAGCUCGUCGACUGACGGCGCAACAAGCGUUGCAACAUCCAUGGCUUUGCGGUGUUUCUACAUCUAUGGAGCUUCUGGACAACGGCCAUUGUCAGCGUCUACAAUCGUAUCAGCGUUUGCAGCGUCUUCGUGCUAAUAUCCUGGCUGUCGUCAUGGGCGUGCAGCACGCAAAAUUGGGUUCAACACCCCGUGCUCAUGCAAAGCAAGAUGCGUCACAACGGACAACAACAUUGAAUAUGGACAUGUUUAGAGAGACGUUUGCUCUCUUUGACAAAGACGAAUCUGGCUGCAUUGAUCAAGACGAGUUGAAGAACAUGCUCUUAGCACUUGGACAACAACUCUCCAGCUCGGAGAUUGACCAAAUCAUGCGACAAGCCGACACUGAUAAGGAUGGCAAGAUUUCAUUCACCGAGUUUGUGAGCAUGAUGAAUCAACGACUUUUUCGUCGGGGGAAUCUAACGACUGGAGAUCUCAAAGCAGCUUUCAAUACAUUUGAUGUAAAUCGGGACGGAUUUAUUUCGAGGAAGGAACUUGAGCAUAUUUUGUAUGUACUUGGGAAUAAACGCAUCAGCAAUGAGGAAAUGGGGAAAAUCAUUCAAGCAGCUGACAAGAAUGAGGACGGAAAGAUCGAUUAUGACGAGUUUUGCGCCUUGAUGCAACAACAGACAACGAUCUAA